GUCCGCUGCGCCUGAGCCGGAGUGGCCGAGGUGCCAGAACCCAGCUCGGUCCAGCCGUCGCUGUCGCUUCCCCGCGCCCCCCUUCCCCCAGACCGAGCCGGCCUGAUGCCGGCCGAACUCAAACAGGAGCAGAGCCGGGGAAGCCAGGCUUCUCUUGUUACAAUGCCAGAGGCACCUGAGGUGCUGGAGGAAACAGUGACAGUGGAGGAGGACCCUGGCACACCUACCUCCCACGUAUCCAUUGUUACCUCAGAAGAUGGCACUACCCGGCGCACGGAGACCAAGGUCACCAAGACAGUCAAGACAGUGACCACACGAACUGUGCGCCAGGUACCUGUGGGCCCAGAUGGCCUUCCACUCUUGGAUGGUGGACCCCCGCUAGGCCCCUACCCUGACGGCCCCCUGGACCGGCACUUCCUGUUGCGUGGGGGUGGCCCAGCAGCCACACUAUCCCGUGCCUACCUCAGCAGCGGGAGCAGCUUUCCUGAUGGGCCUGAGCCCCAUGAAGUCCCCAGCUAUGGCAGCCUGUCCCGUGGGCUGGGUGUGCGACCUCCACGUGGUGGCCCCCUUGGCUCAGGUCCCAGUGAAGGCUGCUUCACACUGCCUGGGCGUCGUGAGACGUUUCCAGUGGGCCCUGAGCCAGUGACUCUGGCUGGCCGCUCUCAGCCUGAGCACUUCCAGGCAGAGCCGUAUGGCCUGGAAGAUGACACUCGAAGCCUGACUGCUGAUGAAGAGGGUGGCCCAGAACUGGAGCCUGACUACGGCAUUACUGCCCGGAAGAUGCUUGACUGUGGACGAGGCUUUCGCACCAGGGCUUAUGACGAUGUGGCAGAUGAUAGUGGUGAGCUGAUGGAGGAACGACCCCCGUUCCCAGCUGUGACAGCACCCCUGGCCCAGCCAGAACGAGGCAGCUUGGGUAGCCUGGAGCGGGUGGUGCGGCGUUCACCCUCUGUCGACAGUGCCCGCAAGGAGCCACGCUGGCGAGACCCUGAGCUGCCAGAAGUACUGGCUAUGCUGCGGCACCCUGUGGACCCUGUGAAGGCCAAUGCAGCUGCCUACCUGCAGCACUUGUGCUUUGAGAAUGAGGGCAUCAAGAAGCGUGUGCGGCAGCUACGGGGGCUGCCACUGCUUGUGGCUCUACUGGACCACCCCAGGGCAGAAGUGCGGCGCAGGGCCUGUGGGGCACUGCGGAACCUCUCCUAUGGCCGGGACACCGACAACAAAGCUGCCAUCCGGGACUGUGGUGGUGUGCCUGCCCUGGUGCGCCUGCUGCGGGCUGCCCGGGACAAUGAGGUUCGAGAGCUAGUCACUGGCACACUUUGGAACCUGUCAUCCUACGAGCCCCUGAAGAUGGUUAUCAUUGACCAUGGACUACAGACGCUAACCCACGAGGUCAUUGUGCCCCAUUCGGGCUGGGAGCGUGAGCCCAAUGAGGACUCUAAGCCGCGGGAUGCUGAGUGGACAACUGUCUUCAAGAAUACCUCAGGCUGCUUGAGGAACGUGAGCUCGGAUGGUGCAGAGGCCCGGCGGCGACUCCGGGAGUGUGAAGGGCUGGUGGAUGCACUCUUACAUGCCCUACAGUCAGCCGUGGGCAGGAAGGAUACGGACAACAAGUCGGUGGAGAAUUGCGUGUGCAUCAUGCGGAACCUGUCCUACCACGUGCAUAAGGAGGUGCCAGGGGCCGAUAGGUACCAGGAGACUGAGACUGGGCCCCUGGGUGGCGCUGUGGGCUCCCAGCGCCAGAGGCGGGAUGAUACCGGCUGCUUCGGUGGCAAGAAGGCCAAAGGGAAGAAAGAUGGUGACAUGGACCGGAACUUUGACACUUUGGACCUUCCCAAGCAAACACAGGCUGCCAAAGGCUUUGAGCUGCUGUACCAGCCUGAGGUGGUACGUCUCUACCUCUCCCUCCUCACUGAGAGCCGGAACUUUAACACCCUCGAGGCUGCUGCUGGUGCCCUACAGAACCUCAGCGCUGGCAACUGGAUGUGGGCCACAUACAUUCGUGCCACGGUACGCAAGGAACGUGGACUGCCAGUGCUCGUAGAGCUGCUGCAGUCUGAGACCGACAAGGUGGUGCGUGCCGUUGCCAUUGCCCUUCGCAACCUAUCGCUGGACCAGCGCAACAAGGACCUUAUUGGGAGCUAUGCCAUGGCAGAGCUGGUGCGGAAUGUGCGCAGUGCACAGGCUCCAGCCAGACCUGGUGCCCGGCUGGAGGAGGACACAGUGGUGGCGGUGCUCAACACCAUCCAUGAGAUUGUGUCCAACAGUCUGGACAAUGCCCGCUCACUCCUGCAGGCCCGAGGCGUGCCUGUGCUGGUGGCACUGGGUGCAGCCAGCCAAUCCGUGCGUGAGGCGAAGGCUGCGUCCCACGUGCUACAGACAGUGUGGAGCUAUAAGGAGCUGCGUGGGGCCCUGCAGAGGGAUGGCUGGUCCAAGGCCCGCUUUCAGUCAGCUACUGCUAACACCAAGGGUCCUAAGGGAGCAGCGAGUCUGGGCGGCUUUGAGGAUAGCACACUUCCACUGGUGGACAAGAGCCUUGAUGGUGAAAAACCUAGUGGCCAGGAUGUGAUACCCCUGGAGACUCUGGGCCCAGAUGGAUACUCCACCACAGACCGGAGGGAGCGGAGGGCUCGAGGCAGUGACCCUGCAGGGGAGGUUUCUGAGAAGGAACCAUUGAAAGUCCAAAAAGAGGAAAUCAAGAGCCUUGGCAGCUGGAUCAAGACCCCUGGCUACCCUCAGGCUACCCUCAGACCAAGGUGGGAGAUGGGCAGGGAAAACAAAGAGUCACGGAGGCCACAAAUAUCCGUUUACCUCAUCUGAAGUCAUGUACAGUGUUUUAAAGUCCUAAACAUAAAACUUCCCAAGAUGGCGUCUUCCCACCACUGAGGGCCUGGAGCAAGUGGCAGCCAUACAAUAAGCUGGGAUCCAACUCACGGAGACAGCAGGAGACACAACGGAGAUGCUCAUGGAGCUGCCAAGAUACCUCUGCACAGCACCAGACAAGCGACACUCAAAACAGCAGCUGCUGCGGCCAAACUACCUGACAAACGGCCACAAUCACGCAGCUCAGCGAGGCGCUCAGCUCUGGGUCUUCACCUUCCCUGCCAGGCUGUAAUGGCAGCAAAACUGGGAACAGUUCCAGUCUCUCAGCUACCUGCAAAGCCUCCUAAAUUUUCCUCUCUGAGUUUGGCUGCUGGAGGCCCCUGCACAUCCUUCAGAGGCCCACAACGGCCUUCUGGAAGAUCAACGUGGUGGGGCAGAAAUCGCUGACCCCAGAAUCCCUGAAAAUCCGAAAAUAUGAAGUCCCGAAAGCUGAAUGCUCAAAUGUUCAGUCCUGAACAGUAAAUCCUGGGGGCUGUUUCUGUAGUCCCUUAUAUUUCUUAUCAGAGUCUCCACCCCCACCUAUACUUGUUCGCAUUUUCCCUGGGACUCUCUAUCCUCACCAGCAACCCCCUACAGGGGGAACCACCUUAAAUAGUCUUUGGCUUCAGCCACUGGUUACAU